AUGUCCGAUAUCAGAUCUUGCUUUCCGGCUCGUCCCCAGUUUUCAGGAUUUAUGAAACCCUGCCGCGUGGAAGGAGACGUGUCCCAAUUGGAAGUGUACGGCGAGAUCCCUAAAGAGAUUGAUGGAGUCUUCUAUCGAGUAAUGCCCGAUCCUCAGCUGCCUCCCUUUAUUGAAAAUGAUCCCUGGUUCAAUGGAGACGGAAACGUUAGUGCCUUCCGCAUCCAAAACGGCCGUGCAUCAUUUCGGCAACGCCACGUGCGAACCGAGAAGUUUGUGCGGGAGCGCGAAGCUCAACGCGCCUUGCUCGGCAAGUACCGAAACAAAUUUACUGAUGCGGUAGCGUUUAAAGUGCGCAGCACCGCCAACACCAAUGUGGUUUUCUUCAACGGGCACCUGCUGGCCCUGAAAGAGGAUUCUCCUCCGUACGCCAUGGACCCAGUUACCCUAGAGACAAAGGGGGUAUAUGACUUUGAGGGCCAAUUGCCCAGUCUCACAUUUACCGCACAUCCGAAGUUCGACCCGGCCACGGGCGAGAUGGUCUGUUUUGGGUACGAAGCUCGCGGUGACGGCACCCCGGACGUAUGUUACUACAGUGUUUCGCCUAGCGGCCAAUUCACCGAGGUCGUAUGGCUGGUGGCACCGGUACCAGCGAUGAUCCAUGACUUUGCAGUGACGGAUAACUGGGUUAUUUUCCCGAUCAUACCUCAAGUAUGUGACAUUGAACGCAUGGAACAGGGGGGAGAGCACUGGCAAUGGAGCCCAGAGACCCCUAUGUAUUUGGGUGUCAUGCCCCGUCGGGGAGCCAAAGCCGGAGAUGUGAAGUGGUUCCAAUAUAAGAACUCUUUCCCAGGCCACACAGCCAACGCAUACGAGGAUUCAAAAGGCCACCUGAUGAUUGACUUGGGAUUAAGUGAGACGAACGUGUUCUUCUGGUGGCCCGAUGCUCAGGGAAAGGCACCCGAGCCCAGCUCCAUAGUCUCCCAGCUGGUCCGAUUCACCAUCGAUCCCCAGACUGAGGACCUUACCCUCCCCGAACCCACAGUACUGCAGGAGGGAAACUCGGAGUUCUACCGCAUUGAUGACCGAUUUGCCACCCGUCCCUAUCGCCACUGUUUCUUCGAUCUGAUGGACCACGAGCUUGGGACUGAUUUUGAAUAUAUUGGGCCCAAGCUCGGCGGCGGUUCCCCUUUAUAUAACUCUCUGGCGCAUUUCGACAACUCUACUGGGAAAACAGAGGUCUAUUUCCCUGGGAAAACCCAUAUGGUGCAAGAGCCGGUUUUUAUCCCGCGGAAGGACUCCGUCAUCGAGGGAGAUGGGUAUGUUCUAGCCCUAGUGAAUAACUAUGACACCAUGGCCAGCGAACUUCACUUGCUGGACACGCGAAACUUUACUCGAGCGCAGGCCAAAAUCCUGCUUCCGGUCCGCUUGCGCCAGGGCCUCCAUGGAAGCUGGGUGGAUGGGAGGGAGCUCGGAACACAUGUGGAAUGA